AUGCGAGCCACGCACCUGCUGCUGUUGCUGCCACUGGCGCUGCUCACCCAAGCAAAGCGCCCCUCUGUCACCAACGAACGAGUCCCCAUCACGUACAUCGGCACCGCAACCGAAGAUGGCAAGAUCGAACAAUUCAUGUCCAUACCCUACGGUCAGGACACCAGCGGCGAACAGCGCUUCCGUCAUCCAAUUCCCUUUUCACCGGCGGCCGACACCAUCGUCGACGCGACCGAGCCCGGCGCGGCCUGUCCCCAGCCCGAGCAGCCCUUGAAGCAGGACCCGUGGACGCGCAUCAAGAACAUCUCCGAAGACUGCCUGACGCUGCGCAUCUCCAGGCCAGCCGUGGAAACCGACAAUGCCGCCGCAGAGAAGAAGCUGCUCCCCGUUAUGAUCUGGAUCCACGGCGGUGGCCACCUCGUUGGGACCGUGUACGACAGCGCCUACGACCCCGUCGGGCUCAUCCGCGCGUCCAUCAACAGCGGCAACCCCGUCCUCUACGUCGCCAUGAACUACCGCCUCAACAUCUACGGUUUUCCUGUCUCUGACAGCCUCCUCGAGGACGGGCUCACCAAUCUCGGGCUUCACGAUCAGGCGCUCGCGCUGCAGUGGGUACAGGACAACAUCUCCGACUUUGGCGGCGACCCGGACAAUGUCACGGUCUUUGGCGAGGAUACAGGCGCGUCGGAUAUCGGACUGCAUCUCCUUACCGGCAAAAACGCUCCAGCAAAUGUGCCGUUUCGACGCGUGGUUGCGCAGAGCGGAUCGGCCAUGUCAGCCUGGCCUGGGAAUGCAAAGACGUCUAAGGAUAGUUUCGCCGCCGUGGCUGCCAAGCUCGGGUGCAUCGCUGCCAGUCCUCAGUACUGGUACACCGUUAAUUGCUUGCGACAGUUUUCGAUGGACCAAGUCACCAAGACGGCGUUUGAUGUAGCCUACGAGUUUGAUCCCCUUAAUGGCUUUCACGCAUUUGGCCCUGUCGUUGAUGGAACCAUGGUUCCGGAGCAGCCUGCCAAGGCAUUCGAAGAAGGCCGCUUCGUGAAAGACGUGGACUUCCUCUUUGGCUGGGAUGUGGACGAAGGGACCAUGGAAACGCCCAUAGCAAUUCAAUCCACCUUCGAUGCGGCGGGCUGGCUGAUGAAGCGCUAUCCUACCCUCACGUACCCUUCCGCCCUCGAGCUCAUGUAUCUCUACCUCGAUGGUCCCCAUGCCUCCCGCGACGAGUGCCACGAAGCCGUUAGCACCGCGUGGUGCGCCCUCUCCCGCCUCGUCCGAGACGCCACCGUCGCGUGCCCGCUCCUCACGCAGGCUGCGCACAUGUCCCUGGCCGGCGCCCCCAACAUCUACCUCUACGAGCUGAACCAGUCGGCCUUUGCGCCAGUCAUGGAGAGCAAAGGACGGGCGUAUCUGGGCGCCGCGCACUUCUCUGACGUGCCGUACGUUUUUAAUAAUCUGCAGUCCUCGUACUUUAUCAGCGAGGAGCGCGACCUAAAGCUCGCGAGCUGGAUGGCGAGUACUUGGGCGGCGUUUGCGUCGGCUGGGUCGCCCCGGGUAGAGGGGCAUGAACACGAAGGCGACGGCGACGAUGAUGAGUGGCCCUUUUUGUUUGGGGAGCAGUGGAAAAUGGAAGAGCCGAGACAGAUUACUUUGAGGACGAUUGGGGGCCCGAGUAGCGGCGUGAGGCGGAUGCCUUUUGCCGAGAGAAGGAAAUGUGAGGCUGUCAAUCGGAUAGUUGGAGGGGGCGUGACGCAGUACUAG